AUGGCCUCAAGUGACGCAGCUUCAAAGGGCUCGUUCCCACCAACCCUAAAGCUCAACGACGGCAACGAGAUUCCAGUGCUCGCAUACGGCCUCGGGACGGCCAAUUACAAGAGCACCUCGGGCUAUGACGAGUCCGUCGUGGCCAUCACCAAGACGGCCAUAGCCCUCGGAUAUCACCACCUCGACGGAGCAGAGGGCAAGCGCAGCCAACUCAAAAAGCCACGGCCCCCAUUGUCAGACUUUACUAACAAGCGACCAGUGUACGGAAACGAAGAAGAGCUAGGGGCGGCCAUCAAGGCGUCGGGCGUCCCCAGAAGCCAGCUCUUCGUCACCACAAAGGCGCACGGCGAACAGCAAAAGCCCACGCAGGAGGCCUUCGAGCUGUCCCUCAAGAAGCUGGGCCUCGACUACGUCGACCUCUACCUCAUCCACGGACCCUGGUUCGCCGGCUCGGACGCGGAGCUGCAGCGGAAAUGGGCCGACCUCGAAGCCAUCAAGGCCUCGGGGAGAGCCAAGUCCAUUGGCGUCUCCAACUUUCUCCAGGAACACUUGGAGGUUAUCCUCAAGACGGCCAAGGUGGCCCCGGCCAUCAACCAGAUCGAGUACCACCCGUACCUGCAGCACGGCGACCUGGUCGCGUUCCACAAGAAGCACAACAUUGCCGUCUCGUGCUACGGGCCCCUGCUUCCGCUGACGAGGGCCAAGGGCGGCCCCGUUGACGCCGUGUGGUCGGAGCUGGCGGCCAAGUAUGGCGUUUCCGAGUCCGAGAUUGGACUGAGGUGGAUCUUGGACCAGGGGCUGGUUGCGCUCACGACGAGCUCGAAUAAGGGCCGGCUGCAGGGUUACCUGACCAAGCUGGCUGCGUUUCAGCUCACGCAGGAGGAGGUGGCGCGGAUAGCAGAGGUGGGCAACCAGCAUCACUUCCGUGGGUUCUGGUUGAACAAGUUUGGCCCGGAUGACAGGCGGUAA